UGAUUGAAGCUCUCCAGGGUGUGGAUAAGAUCAUUGGUCAGCUCAUGAACGGCCUGAAGCAGAUCGGCCUCCACCGCUGUCUCAACAUCGUCAUCGUGGCAGAUCACGGUAUGGAGGAAAUUAGUUGCGAGAGGAAGGAGGUGCUGCAGGAUCUGGUGGGCGACAUCAGAAACUACUGGGUGACUGAGGGACCAUUUGGGCGCAUCAGAACCAAACACAACAACAUAGUGUUUGACUCAGCUGGACUUGUGGCCAACAUGACUUGUAAGAAACCAGACCAAAAGAUCAAGCCUUACCUGAAGGCCAACCUGCCGAAGCGCCUCCACUUUGCCAACAGCCGGCGCAUCGAAGACGUUAACGUCCUGGUGGACCUAAAGUGGCUGUUUGAGAGGUAUCCAAGUCUGCACUCCAUCACUUUUAGAU